CUGUUGUAGUAUUGUCUAUGGUCUUCAUCUCUCCAGUAACCUUUCAUGGUAGAAUUGAUACGGCAUAGUAAUUCAAGUUCAAUUUCAUUCGUUACCUUCAUAGCUUGCGAAAGCUUUGGACGGAAUAGGGCGAUGUUACCCAGCGAAUAUUAACCUCACAACGCAACUGCGACGAUAUGGCUAUACAAGAGCUUCACAGCGACAGAAAAUAUGCGAUUCUAAAUAAAAUAUGGCCACGCAUGACUCGAGGCGACUUCGAUACCUAUAUGGAUCUAUACGACAGAUACUUCUUGUUCUUGGAGGAGCAAAUGUGCUUGAUUGAACGGAAGUCAAUUCUUUACUCCACGAAAUCCAUCGACGAACUCACAUCAACUAUUGAACACAUUCGGCAGUUUCCUCAGAAACCAAAGUUCGAGUUGUUCGAAAGUUCGUCGGACGAAACUAUGAGAUCAGCGGACAUGGCCAUAAGGAUUUGGCUGACGAUCGAUAUCCAACACUCAACGCCUGAUUCAAGAACCUCUCGUGUGUGGCCAAACUUUAGUUCGCUCAGAUUCCUGGUGGGAGGUUGGCCAUUCCCGAGCAGAAAGUAUCAUGAUGGAAACCGACAAAUUCCACAAAGCUUCUCUGUUGCAAACCUAACUCGCUACUACGACUUCCAAGUGAACUGGACAAGUGAUCUGACUCAACACCUCACUAUUGACUGGAAAUACAAGCAGAUUACAAUUUUUGAGCACGCCAUUUGCUUAAGAAAUCAUCUUGCAUAUCCAGAUGACUGUCCACUCCCAAAGAUAUUAGUACAAGAGGCUGUUGAUACGAUCAAACUACUUUUUCCAGAUGACAAGGACACCAAAGCAUUCUUAUCCAGAGAAGGAAGAAAGCUCCUCAAGAUUCCCUUUGGACGCGAACGGUCAUUAUCACUUGGAGACUUCUCAUAUUGGGAAACAGAGAUCUCACAGCUAUUAGACGUCUGGGAACAAGGACCUAGUGGUUGGUCUCAGUUGCGCUUGAGGCCUGACCGGAGUAACUUCUUGGAGUACUCUACUUUCUGGGCUGCAGCGGUUGUCCUGCUCCUCACUGUUAUCAGCAUCGUGUUUGGCGUGGCUGGCUUGGUACUCGCUAAGAAGGCGUUAGAUGUCAGCGUUAAGUCGCUUGAUGUAUCGGUAAAAUCGUAUGAGUUAUCUCUGGCUAUUGCAUGUGCUGAAGCGAAUGCGACGGAUACUUUGCCUGCUUUUUGUAAAUAGAAUCUUUUGUAGAUAUAACGAAAAUAAUGGAUUCACCAAGG